CUUCCCGGAAGUAAAAUUGAAAAAUACGCAUUUUAUUUUUAUUCUGAAUAUUCCAAGAAUUACAUGAAUACCACAAAGCUUGGCACCUUUUCACAACCUUCUUAAUGAUAUCAUAGCUGCAGCAGUAAUUGAAGCAUAACAUGGCAUUCCAGGGGCCAGUUGUUCAAUUUUAUGACAAACAUGAAUUACGACAGGUCCCGCUCCAAGACUUUUGGGCGAAUCAUACAGACGGAGCUACUGCCGAAGAUAUUUGUAUCACAGUUGCCAAAUAUCUGAAUAUUGCACCAUUACAGUCAUUUCUGUUUGCAUUACGUGAGCUUAGAAUACAGGAAAACAUUCAUGAAAUAGGCCAAUGGUUGUCACCCCAAAGGAAGAUUACUUCUCAGGAUUAUGAUGGAAGAAUAUUUGAGUUUCGGUUCAGAUUCCUGACGGCGAAUGAUGAAUUUGUGUCGAGACUUUUCGAAAAUGAUCAAAGUGCAUUCUCAUAUUUAUUCAAUCAGUGUCACUAUGACUUUGUUCAAAAUAGGCUGACUUUUCCUAAAAGUUUUGGAACUGAUUUUAAAAUUGGGAUAGCUGUUCUAGAUGCAGCACAAUUCUAUUUCUCAGAAGAUCCAAAGCCAAAGCUGAACAGGUUAAAGCUAGAAAGAUUUUUGUCAAAGGCGAUUCUGGCAGAAGUGCCUCGUUUCAAAAAGGUUCGACUGAGUGGAACCUUUUGCCAAGAAGUGGAAAAUCUUGUUAAAAAAUAUGGAGAAAACCCUCAUGAGAAAAAUGGAGUUUCAAACUGCAGAAGGCAAUACAUUACGGCGUUAUUGAAGAAAUGUGCCAAGUACACAGCAGAGCAAUUUAGGACUUGUGACAGAGUAAUACACGUGGACCCGAAUCACGAAAGACACCCUGGAAUUUACUUCGAGUCCAACACAUCUGGGGAGGUUGAACUGGUUUGUAAGAUAGAAGACUUGAGUGAUAUGGCUACAAUAACACAGCGUACUCAUGAAGCUUCAGACACAGCUAGUCAAAGUACAAGCAGUGCAGUCCAACGUACCACCAGUGGGUCCCAUAGUGCUGCCAGUGAGGCUCAUAGUGCAACAAGGUUGCUCCAUAGUACCACCAGUUCAGCCCAGAGUGCCAUAAGUGCAGAUGAGCCUUGGGUUGUACAAAUAUUUCGUAACAAUGGCGUCCCCAAGUUUGUUGAGUUCCUUGAUCAAGAAACUGCAGAGUCAUUUCUGGCAUUGAUCGAUGGACACCGCCGUCUAUUGGUUGAUUUUUACACUAGUAUUUGUAAUGUGAUACAGCCACCGAGUUUGAAAUUCCUGAGAGAAAACAAGUGCCACGGUCCCUAUAGACUAGACCCUAAUCUGAUAAAGGAUUGCCUUAUGGAACAAAGGUCCAAACACAAGCUGGAAACAUUCAUGGUCAAACAAAGAGCUACCCAAUAUGAUGAAUACAGGCUUUACUUCACUGUAAAGAAUGAAGGAGUUAAAGAUUCUAUCAUCCAAAGGAAUCCACAGGGGAAGUUUCAGGUGAAGGCUGAAAACAAUUCUGAACCUCAACCCACCUUUGAGAGUAUAAGGGAACUGUUGGACCACUACAAGGAAAAGAAACACAUUAAGCUGGUACAUGCAGUGACCGCUGACUCUAAUUCAACACCCAAAGCCCUGAAAGAGGCCCUGUUGUUACUGAAGACCAGGAAUGUAGGUUGUGAUCUCCCUGAUGGUGAGCCUAAACCACCCGCCAAACAGAUCACCAUAAGUCUCCCAAACACUGUCUUUAUAGGCUCUAGAAUAAUAGGUCAAGGCUAUUACACAGAUGUCUAUGAGGGAGCAUGGCAAAUGCCAAACCAAGAGAAACGCAAGGUUGCUGUGAAAAAACUGAAGCCAGAAUGUGACCAAUUGUUGCAGUACCUAUUACAUGGAGCCCAAAAGCAUGUCCAGUGGCAACACCCUGCCUUUAUGACCAUCAACACUCUUGUGUUAGCCCCAUUCAUGAUUGUGAUGGAGUAUGGAGAGGGCACACUAUGGGAAUGGUUGCAGCAAGAUAAGGACCUGAUAUCUAGGAAACAACAUUACUUGAUAGAGAUUGCUAUACAGAUUGGGGAAGCAUUGACAUACCUAAACAGCAUGCAAUCUGGAUUCAUACAUGGAGCAGUACGCUGUAAGAAUAUUCUGGUGAAGAAGGCAGUGGAAGAGGGAAUCACAGUGAAACUGAUGGACCCAGGCUUGGCACACUAUUACAAUAGCCUAUCUGCUGAGAAGUCAGUCAAUGAAGAAAGAUUACCAUGGCUAGCACCUGAAUAUUACCUUGAUGACCUUGGACUUCCCAGUGAAAAGUCGGAUGUUUAUUCACUGGGAAUGACUCUUGUAGAAUGUGCACAUAGUGGACAUAAACCAUUGCCACCAGAUUACAACAUUGCCAAGAUGAAACUUCUUGGAGAACAGGGAGUUCUUUCAAUAAUAAACGCGCCUGGAGUCAAUCCAAAGAACUUUUAUGAGGAAAUUGUAGUAAAAUGUCUUCACAGGAAACCAGAAGAGCGUUGUGUUGGUCAUGACGUUGCCAGGGAUUCAAACCAGAAACUGCAUGAGUUUAGACAUUAUCAACAAGACGCACUGUCGCUACAAGAAGAGCUAAAUAGACACGGAGCUGGUUUUGAAGUGAUACCCGCAGGUCUUAAUCCAGUUGAGACACAGUAUUCAGUGCGACUUCCAAAAAGAUCUCCAAAUUUUCCUAGUGUGUCGACUAAUGAUAGCCAAGCUCCUUUACUCUCCCCUGGCACUCCAAGUUCUGAUGGAACAUUUGGUGGUUUACGAAAUCCUGGUCUGGUAGAUCAUGACCACGAAGUUGAACCCAUAAGAGUAGAGCCAGCACUCAGCCAACCCAUUUACGAAUUUGACAAGACACAUAAGAUUUUAGGACAAGGCUACUAUGGUGUUGUCAUGUUGGGCAGGCUUCGCAAUAAGCAGGAUCCAACAAAAUGGCAACGUUGUGCAAUAAAACAGUUGAAGAGUGACAAAUUGAAGCCGUUGGGUCAGAAAGAACAGGCAAAAGAACUUGAGGACUUCAGGAAUGAAAUCAAACUUCAGAGUAGUCUUCAUCAUCCAAAUAUAGUACAAACAUAUGACUCAACUGAGACCCGAGAUGGAAGUUUAAUCCUGAUGUUAGAAUAUGUUGAGAAUGGAAGUCUUGAGAAAUACAUUAAGAAAGCAGACCCUGGUAUAAUUAUAAGACUAGCUCAGGAAAUAACAGAGGGGAUGAUCUAUCUUCACAGUAAGAAUAUAGUGCACAGAGACCUGGCAGCCAGAAAUGUGCUCAUUACAUUUGACCACCAUGCCAAAAUCAGUGACUUUGGUCUUACUCGUUCGAUGACACCAGAUAAAGACUACUACAAAGUUCAAACAAAGAGAAAUUUACCAAUAUACUGGUACGGACCAGAAUUUUUUCAUUUCUCUGGGGAAAAUGCCAAAGUUGGACGAGAGGUAGAUGUUUGGAGCUUUGGGGUCACACUAUGGGAGAUGUACUGGUAUAACUUUGGCCAAACCAGCACCCCACCAGUUCAUCUUGGCCCAUCAAGGGAAUCUAUCAAACAGAAUAAUCUGGCUGGAAAAACUGUAUAUGAGGCUAACAUGUAUUUAGAAAACAUACUGACAAAGAAACUUAGAUUACCUUGUAUGACCCCAAAUGGCAAAUCAAUCCCUGUGAAUGUGUAUGCUAUCAUGAUGGAAUGCUGGAAUAACGAGUGGGCUAAAAGAAUAACAUUUGAUCAAGUGAGAACUAAACUAGCUGCUCUUUAAACAGUACGUUGUCCUACUGUAUACAGUACUCUGGGUGAAUUGUAUACCUCCCAGUUUGCGUGUUAACAUUAUUUACACUUAAGUAUAUUUUUUGCUAGUCAAUAAAUGAUCCCAUGAAUCAACUGGAUAUCUCCCAAAGUCAGUGAAUACAUAAAUGUUGAUUCCAAUAAAAGUGUAUACCUAAGUUUACAAAAUGGACACAAAUUGUAU